AUGUCGGACCCGGAAAAGAAGAGAAAGAGAAAAUCGGAUAGCGGUGUACGGCCGAAGAAGAAGGUAGCUAUUGCGCCUCAGGGGACCGUCAAGGUGGAGCUACACGAGAAUAAGGAAACCCUGGGUCCACUGCUAGAAGGCGCAUCAGAACAGCUCCUCCUCCAGUCGUCAGAACACUCUCGCUUGGACUACACCGCCCAGGAAGAGUUCGACGGAAGCUCAGAGAGUCAGCUCAAAGACUAUGUCGGUGUUUUCGACCCCGCGACCAAGAAGCUACAGCUCGUGCCGGUCAAGCGCGUCACAUUACGGAGCACGCUACGAAGUGAAACGGAAGAGAUGCGAGAGCAGAAAGAGAAGACCGAAGCACAGCAGCAGACCAUGAUGGCGAAGAGGAAUGCGCUUGCUUCGGAAUUCGGGUCCAAGAAGUCCAGGAAGGCCCUCGACGAUAUGACCAUGAACGCCAUUCGCAGCGGCAAGCCCGACGAUCCAGCAUCGGCGAGAAACGACGCAGUGGCCGAGAAUAUCUUGCAAAAUAUGGCUGGCGCAACGGGCGCGAUGCCAACGAAGCAGGAGAUGGAGGCUGCUGUAGACAGCUCCAAGCCUCGUCCAACACCAAACCUCCAAGCUGAGUAUCCGGGCGACGUCUACCCGAUCGAAAGCAUAGUCGGCAGCGAACUCAUGACCAUGAUCGAGGUCAAAGACUGGGUGGAUGCCGCUGCAGCUGGCCAGAAUAUCAACGUGACGAGCAAGUUUGUUGCUAAGCGCAUAGUCAAGCUCGCACGCAACAAGCAGAUCCAGAAACUGAAGGUGCUGCGUUUCAUCCUAUUCUGCAUCAACUUUUCCCAAGCUUUACAGAGCAGCAAAGGCGGGAAGAAGAUCCCGCCCAAGGGCAAACUCGAGGCUAUUAUGGGAGAGGACGUGCCGCAGAGCUGUAUUAUGGCUAUCAGGAGGAAGUUUGCACGUGAAGGAUGGAACGUCGACAAUCUGCACACACACAUCGCCGCUGCUGCGCUCAUUGUAGACGACUUCGAGGUGGACGUGAACGACUUGCGAGACGACUUGAAGAUCGACAACAAAGAAAUCCAAGCCUACUUCGCCGAACUGGGUUGCAAAGUCAGCGCACCAACAGCCGCCGACUUGACAAAGUUCAAGCUCUCCAAAGCCGAAAGCAACAACCACUGGGUUGCAAAGCUGAAGCUACCACUGAAAUUCCCUCGGGUCGGUGGACCGCGCAAGAGCAGGAAGUAA